GAUGCUGUGACAUCAAAACCAGUAAUCCAGUUUCAAGGAAGCCAAGGGCACAUCGCAAUUCCAAGGCCUGAUCGACCCACGGAAGUGCGGACUUUCACAUUUUAUCUUUCAAAUAUUGGCAAGGACAGCCCCCAAGGGAGUUUUGACUGUAUCCAGCAGUAUGUAUCUAGCAAUGGCAAUAUCCAUCUGGAUUGCCUUGGAAGCAUACAGGAUAAAAUCACCGUGUGUGCUACUGAUGAUUCCUACCAGAAGGCAAGGCAAAGCAUGGCACAGGCAGAGGAGGAGACUCGCAGCCGGAGCGCUAUAGUCAUUAAACCUGGGGGGAGAUACGUAGGCAAAAAGGUUCAGGUGCGUAAACCUGCACCAGGAGCUUCCGAUGCUGUUCCCUCCAGGAAGCGCCCAACGCCAGUCAACCUUGCCAGUGCAAUAAAGAGAGGCAAUAGUGCGAUUUCUCAGAGACCCUUCAAAGAUAGGGUUGUGCACUUACUGGCACUAAAGCCUUAUAAGAAACCUGAACUUAUUCUCAGAUUGCAGAAGGAUGGACUUUCUCAGCAGGACAAGGAUUUGCUGGACAACCUUCUGCAACAGGUGGCAAAUUUGAGUGCCAAGGACAGCACUUUCACACUGAAAGACUGUGUAUACAAAGAAGUGCAGAAGGACUGGCCUGGCUACUCUGAAGGAGAUCAGCAGUUGCUGAAGAGGAUACUUGUUCGGAAACUCUGUCAGCCACAGAACAGUAGCGGUUUUCAAGGAGAAGCGCCUUCCCUGAGUCCACCAAAAGACAAUGUGAACUCCAGCUCUCCUCCUCAGAAACGAUCCCAGCCUCUGGAGUUUAUCGAUCCCCUGGCCAACAAAAAGCCCAGGAUCUCGCAUUUGGCUCACAGAACUCAGCCCACUUUCAACGGGAAACUGAAUUCCUCCAACGGGAAGGACGCCCCUGCCCCUGUCCUGCCGCCGGCUCUCCCGGAAUCGGUGAGCUCCAGCUCCAGCCUCCCGGUGCUGGAGCUGCCGAGGCCUCACGAUCCCCUUUCGGAUGUCAGCAAUGACCUGACUCACAACGGCAGAGACUGUGAGAACCCAGAGACGGCUGACAGACUGACUCAUCCUUUGUCAACAGACUGUCCCCAAACGAGCAAGCACAAUUGCAGCUCGUAUGUAAAAACCAAGAAAAAAUCCAAAAAGCACAAAGACAAGGAAAAGGAGAGAAAGGAGAAGAAAAAUGAAGAGAAAUGCAAAGAGGAGAAGCAGGACUGUGAAGUAAUAAAAAAUGCUGACUUAGUUAGUGUUCCCCAGGAACAGGUCACAGGUUUAAAUGGAACAUGCAAUAAUUCUAGUGUACCAACAUCAACUUCAGAAAUGCCAGAUUAUUUAUUAAAAUACGCAGCCAUUUCCUCUUCGGAGCAGCGUCAGAGUUACAAAAAUGACUUCAAUGCAGAAUACAACGAGUACAGAGACUUGCACGCUCGGAUAGAGAGGAUAACUCGACGGUUUACGCAGUUAGAUGCCAAGCUGAAGCAGCUUUUGCAGGGCUCUGAAGAAUAUAAGACCAUCCAUGAUCAAAUUUUACAGGAAUAUCGGAAAAUUAAAAAGACUAACCCCAAUUACAGCCAAGAGAAGAACCGCUGCGAAUACCUCCACAACAAACUGGCUCAUAUUAAAAAACUGAUAGCAGAGUAUGACCAACAGCAGUUUUAG